UUAAACUUAAAUAUAAUAAUAGCAGUAAUAUAAAAUAAACAGUUUUAAUGGUCCUACCCAAUAGCUUUUCAUCUACUUAGUCAAAUUAUUAAAUUGAAAUGGAUGAAAUACCGCAAAUUUAAAAAAUUUAAAUUAGGCUAUUGUCAACAUGACUCGCGACUUUUUAACUAACAGUUUUGUUAACCCUUGUUUGAUGUUAACUGUUACUUUAUCCAUUGGAUUGACUUUAGUAAUAAGCAGAAUCUUCAAAUCGAGUCCUAGGGGCCAUAUUUUUUAUCACUUUUCCAUAUUUAUUACUUUCAUCAUUUACAUAAGAACUUCCUUCUAUUACUAGUAAUUUAUUAUAUUCUACUCCAAUUG